AAAAACCAGGGUUACGAGACGAGGAGUAUAUCAUUCUCCGUUCCGUCCAUUCGAAGCGAAGGCAGGUAACUUCCACAGAUCUAUACGAAGCAGAAGAAAAUCAAUGGAGAGCAUGAUCGUCACCAACACGCCGGCUUCAGAUCUCGCCUUCACUAAUCUCGCCUACUGCUCGCCCGCCGAUCACCAUGGCUUCGGCGUCCCAGGUUCUCAGCUCUUCCUCGCCAAUGUCGCCGACGUCUUCGUCCUUUCUGUUUCAUAUCCUUUUUAUUUGCUCUUUCUCUUCGAUUUCAUGUGAUUUACAGUUUCAUUCCUUUGUUUUGCUUGAAAAUUCCAAGUUAUUUUAAAAUUAGUAUAUGCUACUCUCGUCGUCUUUAUAACCGUUUGAAAAUUAAUGUUGUGAUCGAUAAUUUUGAGAAAUGAGGAGUGAUUGUUUUGUUUCGAGAGAGUAAGAAUUGUUUUGAUUUUGAGGAUUAAUCACGCCUUUAAUCCAGAUGC